AUGGUAUUGCAGAUAUCCGGUCGUGCCUUUUUGGGGCCAGAGGUUUGCGGCGACGUCAGAUGGAUUGAAGCAACUAUGGGAUAUCUGGAAAUGGGGGUUAGAACUGCUUUUGUCCUCCAGGUCUUUCCUCGCUUCCUUUUUCCGCUGCAGAGGUGGUUCCCUUUGUGUCGCAAAGUCCGGAAGCAUAUUGACAUGACAGGAACCAUUCUGCGUCCCAUAAUUGAAAGUCGUCGGGCAGGCGGAAAAUCGGCACAGGAUGCGAUCAGUUGGUUUGAUGAAGCAGCCGCCGGGGAAACGUAUAACCCUGUUUAUUCUCAGCUCUCCCUCUCCUUCGCAUCAACCCACACUACUGCCGAUACAAUGACCAAAGUCAUACUUCACCUGGCCGAAAACCCACCUGUGGUUAUGGACCUUCGAAAGGAAAUUAUCGAGGCAAUUACCAAACAUGGUGGAUUGACGAAGUCCGCUCUAUCUCAAAUGAAUCUAAUGGACAGCAUCUUGAAGGAAUCCCAGCGACUAGAGCCCUUAGCAUCAGCAACGAUGAACCGGGUGACGAGAGAAGAAGUGACCCUCUCAAACGGCCUAUGGAUUCCACGGAACAUGUAUGUGUUGGUGUCGGGCCAUCGCAUGAGAGAUGCAACCUUAUAUCCAGACCCGGAGAAGUUCGACGCAUACCGAUUCGUCAAGAUGCGGGAUAUUGAGAAGAAGAAAAGCGAUUGUGCAUACACUGCAGCCACGGUGGACCACAUGGGAUUUGGCUACGGGAAGCACUCUUGCCCUGGCCGAUUCUUUGCCGCUCAUGAGGUAAAGAUUAUCUUGUGCCACUUGGUCUUGAAGUAUGAUUUCAAAUUAUCAGAUGAUCAAGCACGUACGUAUAUGUUUGCCGGAUUCUUCACAUCCGCUGGGCCCGAAAACAAGCUUCUUGUUCGCAGGCGCGUCGAGGAAAUUGCACUCUGA